AUGUCUUCGAAUACUAGUGAACGUCUUUCGGAAUCAGACCGUCUCGAAAUCUUGGAGUUUCUCCGUGAUCCAUUCGUCGCUUCGUUGAUCGAAACGCAUCCGAACCGCUUGGUCGCCGCUUCCUCAUCGUCAUCGUCCGUCCCUCGAGGUCUUAAACGGCUCGACUGGUGCGACUCGACAGGGACAUCGUAUUCAGAUGCGGACUCUGGUGGUCAAAAGACACAGAAACAGUGGGAAACCCUUGUUCAGGCAUACAUCGACUCGGACGCACGGGAUGGAGGUGUGACUUGUGCGGAAGAUAUCCCGGAUAAAAUCGCAAGGUACAUAGAUCGAGCGAAGAAAUUGGACCUCGACCGUUCUCCAGAAAAAUGGGCAUCCGAGGCUGAUUCUACAGCCGGAUGUCCUUCCGCAAACAUGGCAGCAGUUCGACCACCUUCAAUCCCCGGCAUGUCACCCAAAAAAUCCCACGAAGUCUCACGCAUGGCGAGUUACAUCGACCAUCUCGUGUCUUCGUCGCCAUGUCUUCGUGGCGUUAGACAUGUAGUAGAUGUUGGUGCUGGACAGGGCUACCUUUCACGAGCAUUAUGCGACCUUGGAUUUCAUGUCCUUGCUCUCGACGGGAGCGACGUGCAGACGAAGGGCGCGGAGCGUCGACGGCAGUGGGAACAGAAAGGGAAGACUCCGGCAUCACGCACUACCGGAGUCCCAGAGAAAAAUGGAGCUGCCAGUGUAGAGAUUUCCGGGCGUACUAGAACUAGAGGGAGCUUAACGCACAAGACCAUCCAUAUCACACCUUCGACUCUGUAUCAAGCCGUCACAGCGUGGAUACAGGACGCACCAUAUUCGUAUUCGGACGACUCGUCAUCGACGGAGAACUUGAACACGCCAAUACCUGUCCUCGUCGUCGGCCUCCAUGCCUGCGGUUCGCUCACACCGGAUAUUCUCCGGGUGUUUCUCUCCUUUCAUGAUUCACCGCCGAACACUACCGCACCUCCGCAUAUUACUACGUGGACGCCCAAAGCUGCGGUGGUUGUGGGUUGUUGUUACAAUAUGAUGAACGCAGAAGAUUUCCCCCUCUCCAAAGCCUUCCGAGCCGCUCCCCAUGCAUCCCCAUCCCCAUCUCCAUCCCCAUCCCUAUCACUAACGCUAACACCCUCCCACCUGCAACUCGCCGCCCAAACCCCCUCGCACUGGUUCGACACGCCGACAUCAAAAACUACCACCGAGCUCUCCAUCCGCAAAGUCGUGUUUCGUGCUCUGCUCGAACGGUUUCUCCCCGUUCGUGAUCGUGAUCAUAGUACUGCGCCAGAGACUCAGAGAUACAGCAGCGAUGCAACGCGACCAAGGGCAGAGGCCUGGAGGGAAGAGGGAAAGGAGAAGGCGAAGAGGUUAGGUCGACUGCCUGACAGUGCGUACGCGUCGCUCGAAAUCUUCCUUGCGAGGGCGUGUCAGAAGUUCGAUCUAGAUCUGGAGGGGGUCAUGUCUUCUGACCUCCUCUCGGACUCAAAAGAACUGCAGAAGUGGAUCACAAGACUAGAAAUCCUCCACGUCCUUCGAUGUCUCGCCGGACCUGCGAUAGAGAGUAUGGUCGUUCGAGAUCGACUCUGCUGGCUGAGGGAGAGUCUUCACUUGGACUCUGACCCACUGGCAUGUCGUGAGAGUGGGAGUGUGGAAGACGGCGGUGGAGGUGAUCAGUCGAGGUCCAAAGGGACGGUAGCAACCGCCAGUACUGACAGGGACAGGGACACCAACGGUAACAGUCAGUGGGACGUCCGCCUGGUGGGCUUAUUCGACCAGGCAUUGGGGAGUGCGCGGAAUUUCGGGAUCGUCGUCGUUCCCAUUGACAGGGUCGGGUCCGAGUCUGCGGAGGUUAAUUGA